AUGGACGACAAUUUUGUAGUAGUUGGUGCGGUUGUUGUCGGGGCUGCGGUCUGUGGUCGCAUCCCAGGACUCGCGAAAAGCCAGCGCGAGCAGUGUAGAAAAAUGCCACAUGUGAUGCCCGCCGUUGGGGAAGGUGCUGAACUUGGGUUACGCGAAUGUCGAGAAGCCGCAUUUACCUACGCGAUAAGCUCCGCAGGCGUGACUUACGCAGUUACCGCGGCUUGUAGCCGCGGAAACAUCACGGCUUGCGGCUGCGAGCCCACUGUAAGGACCAGAAAAGCGUCUCCACCUAGCGGAUGGGAAUGGGGCGGCUGUUCUGCGGACGUAACCUACGGCAUGAGGUUCGCGCGUAGGUUCCUCGACGCCCGGGAGGUGGAAGGAGAUGCAAGGAGUCUGAUGAAUCUGCAUAACAACAAGGCCGGAAGAAAGAUCGUUAAGGCCAUGCUGCAAACGGAAUGCAAAUGUCACGGGGUGUCGGGUUCCUGCACGGUUAGGACUUGCUGGCGAACUUUGCCCAACUUCAGGCAAAUUGGGGACGCUUUGAUGAAGAAAUACUACCGAGCUAGGCCUGUUAUGGCUAUCACCCCUCCAUCAUCCCCUACUUUGACAAUUCAGAACUCGGAUUAUCUGGAUCAAUCAUCGAUAGAAGUGGUCCCUAUUAUGGGAAACGAGGCAAAGUCCCACGGGAAGCCUAACGAGAUUAGCUCCAAUGGCAGGACAGAUCGAAGGUCUUUGAAGAAAUCCGGAAACGGAAAACGAGCGCAUCUAAUUUUAAAACGGACAAAAGUUAACAGCGGACCUGGGAUCAGCCAAAAGAGGAUUCCCAAAAGAAGCGAGCUCGUCUUUCUUCAGCCCUCGCCCAAUUAUUGCGAGCCGGACUUAACUCAAGGAAGUCUCGGCACCCAGGGGAGAUCUUGCAAUCGAACUAGCAAAGGGACAGAUGGAUGCGAUUUAAUGUGCUGUGGCCGAGGAUACAACACCCACCAGUACACAAAAACCUGGCAGUGCAGAUGCAAGUUCCACUGGUGCUGUCGCGUCUUUUGCGACACCUGUACAGAGCGUACCGAGGAGUACACUUGCAAAUAA